AUGGCCCCUAGGCGCGCCGCCCGCGAAGCGACUGCUCCCGAGCAGCGCUACGAAGAAGAACGCGUCGAAGAACUCCCUAACCACGAUGUCGAAGAAGUCGCUGCCGUAGAGCCUAUACAGCCUACUCUAGACGAAGACACGAUAGAUUACGGAGAAAUCGAACGCGAUAAGGAAGAGACGGCUAAUAAGAUAAUCCAGCGCCUCGAAGGCGAGAAGCAGGCUCUACAGCAGCAAGAGACGAUUCGCUAA